GUGGUUAAGGUUGCACUGGAGUGCAGUGUUAGAGUGGUGCAACGUGCAACGGGGUGCAACGUGAUAAACCAAGAAUAACUGAAUAACUUCGACAUUUUAGUUUUUAGGUUCAAGUUUUACUUCCGCUGUUUCUGGAGAUCUAAGUUACAGAUGGGCAUAGCGAUCUCGAAAUCGUUGUGCACGGGUUAUAGUAAAAAAAACUUUGCCAAGGAAGAGCAUGCGAAAGGCAAAUCUGAGGACCUUUGUUGUUUCAUCAUACCAGCCACAAGAUACAUCCAUGGCUAAGUCAACUGAUUUGAAACUAAAAGUAACACACAAAUCUACUGGUACUGGGAAAGCACGAAAGAAAAAAAUGGCGUUGCCUAGAAGGAUAUUUCGGAUUCUAGAAAGUGGUAAGAGAGUUCACUUUCAGAAUGUCAGUCUGAGUAAGAAAAGGCAGAUGUGCAUAAAUCGUUACUUACCAGUAUCUGAUAUAGCAGUUGCAAGUGGUAGAGAUAAUCUACAGAAGAAUCCUGUGAUGUGUCAUUCUGAAUCAGCUCGUGGUAUAGUAGGUAAAUCAGAGAUGACAGUAUAUCGUGAGUCCAGCAACAUACAUAAACCUUAUAGUGCAAAAAAUGAAAAACCUACUACCUCAAAAGAUAAAGGUAAUCGUCAUAGAGAAGUUGUUGCAAUAGACUGUGAAAUGGUAGGAUUGGGACCCAAAGGACGAUUCGCUGCACUAGCCAGAUGCAGCAUUAUUGAUCACAGUGGAGAGAUCAUUUAUGAUAGCUAUGUGAAACCAGAUGAGCCUAUCACAGACUACAGAACUAAGUGGAGUGGAAUCCGCCCCCGGAACAUGGUCAAUGCAAUACCUUUCAAUGAAGCCCAGGAACAAGUCAAGAAUCUUCUCAAAGAUAAGAUCGUCAUUGGUCAUGCAGUUUGGAAUGACUUCCAAGCGCUCAAAUUUGCCCAUCCUCCAAAUGAUGUCCGAGACACAAGCAAGUGCAAGUUAUUGGCUGAAAUAUACGGCAGUAAGUGCACACCAGGCCAGCAUCUUGGUCUCAAAUCCCUUGCUAAAUAUCUGCUUGGUAUUGAUGUACAAAGGGGUGAACAUUCAUCUGUUGAAGAUGCAAGAGCAGCCAUGGAUUUGUACAAGCUUGUAGAGGAUAAGUGGGAGGAAGAACUUCAAUCAACUUUCCCUGAUCAAGAUUUCAGGACAUCCUUCCUUGAUGACCAUUUCUGGCCUGAAGACCUAAUUUAAAAUUAUACCAAUGUCAUUACUAAUUUACUAUAAUUUCAAUGCAGCCCGAUCGGUUAACAUGAUUGGUUUUGCAGUACAUGUAUUUGUAUUGACAUCAUGUGCAGCUGCAAAGAUAAAAUUUCACCUUCGAUGGUGAUGUGGAUUUGUGUUGAAUACUCUGCCUUUGUUGAAACUUUACAAAAGUUUAUCCGUAAGCAAGAUGCAUAGCUAAUAGC